AUGGGCAAGAAAAAGAACAAAAAAAAGAACCACCCAAUCGUCGGCGAAUUUGCCCGCUACUUUGGCGAGAACACUCUCGAGAACUGGCAGCGUUUGUGCCGGGACAUUGGCAUCCACAAGGAGCUUCCAAGCAUUACUAAAUGUCGCGAGGUCCUGAGAUCGGUCCAUGUCAACAUCUACGACCUCCUAGAUGCCGUCCGGGAGGGAACCACCCCGCAACGCUUUGGAAAUCCUCGCCAGCUGGCACAGUACUCGGUUGCCAACAGAAAGAUCUAUCCGAGGCACAUGGCGGAGAAGGAUAAAGUGGGACCAGUUAGGGUGUUGUUGAGAGGCCUCUUUAGGGGGGGAUGAUAUAGGGUAGCGCGUAUUUGAAUGGUUGCUGAAUACCUAGAGAUAAGGGGAGGAAGUCUGUGAAAGGGAGAACAUAUGUAAAGAGGGGUGUGGAAGGGAUGUGAUACGCAGGAUGAUGAUGAUGGGAUGGAAUCUGAUGGAUAUGUUCCAUGAGUUGGUUGAGGAAGGGCAUGUGAGUGAGGAGUAACUUGAAAGAAGAAGAAUACGGUAGGAGUCUUUGGCGAUGUGC